CUAUCCAAUUAUCUAACCACUCUUCUGAAUUCUCAGUCUACAAUGGCUGCCCCAAUCAACAACGAAGACAUUGUUGCAGAAAUCCCCAAUUAUAUCCGAGUCUACAAAAACGGCACCGUCGAACGCCCCCAACAAACCCCAUUUGUACCACCGUCGCUUGACGACCCUCAAACCGGCGUCCCUUCCAAAGACAUCGUCAUCUCCGACGAACCCGCCAUCUCCGCUCGCCUUUACCUUCCGAAAUCCACCACCCAAUUCCACCACGAAGACCACCAAAAGCUCCCCAUCUUGGUCUACUUUCAUGGCGGUGGAUUCUUCUUCGAGUCCGCCUUCUCUCAGCUCUACCAUCGUUACUUAAACCUCUUCGUCUCCCAAGCCGACGUCGUCGUCGUCUCUGCAGAAUACCGGCUCGCUCCAGAACACCAUCUACCCGCAGCUUAUGAAGAUUGCUGGGCAGCCCUUAAAUGGGUCGCAACUUGUUCGACGAAAGACCCCAGUGACGAGCCAUGGCUAAAUUAUGGAGAUUUCAGCAGAGUUUUCAUAGCUGGUGAUAGUGCUGGUGGUAAUAUUGUCCAUAACAUCGCCAUGCGAGGUGGGGUUGAGGAUUUGCCUGGUGGGGUUAGAAUUUUAGGUGCUAUCUAUGUCCAACCCUUUUUCUGCAGUUCAAGUCCAAUUGAGUCUGAAUCAGUUUCAGGGCGUGACCAGAGCGGGGCGGGUUUGUGUUGGAAAUUCGUUUACCCUUCUGCUCCAGGUGGAUUAGAUAACCCCACGGUCAAUCCUUUGGCUCCUGGAGCACCCAGCUUGGCUGGACUUGGGUGUUCUAGGAUUCUUAUGUGUGUUGCAGAGAAAGAUCCGUUGAGGGACAGAGGGGUUUGGUUCUAUGAAGGUGUGAAGAAGAGUGGGUGGAGAGGUGAAUUGGAAUUGUUUGAACAGGAAGGAGAAGACCAUGUUUAUCAUAUCUUUCAUCCUGAAUCUGAGAAUGGCAAGAAAAUGACCAAACGCAUGGCUUCUUUCAUCACGAAGGAAGAAACAGAGACGGAUUGAUGGAUCCAACUUCCCGUGAAGUUACAGAAAGAUUCUGCAAAAUGUUGCGUGUUUUAAGUUCUGUUUGCUCUGUGGUUCUUUUUUUGGACUCAAUGUUUGCCCUGCGGUUCGGACAGGGAGAAUUUGUCAUCUUGCCCAUUGUCAGUAAAAUAAAAUGGAAUUAGAGACUAUUUU